UGUCAUUUUGACUUUUGCGCCAUUCGGAUGAAACUAAUUUACAAUUAAAUAAUUUAAAUCAUUUAACAUUAAGAAGCAAGCAAAAUGAGCGAUCUUGUUGAGAAUAGUCACUCGGACACCGACGACAAUGACUCCUUCCAUUCGUUAGACCAAAGCGAGAACAUCCUGGACAGCCUGAGCGUCUCGCUCUCGGAAAGCGACAGCGACAGCGACAGCGCCGCGGACUUUGAUUCCGGAUCGGAAAAUGAGACCUCCAGGGAGGAAAUGAUUGAGGUACCCGCCCAGCUGGCCCAGGGCGCGGCGAACACUUCCAAGACGCCGCUUUUGGGCGCCUUCUUGAAGCCAAAGUCGCCCGGUUUUGAGGUCGAUUCCAGCGACUCCUCCGCCUACGAUGGCGUCUCCGCUGGCAAGCCCCCACAGGAUGCGGGUCGCUUCAUGUCUCCCAAGAAGUUUACCAUCUCGCCGAUAAGUCAGCAGAAGCAGAGCCCCGUACCCUGUUGUCCCAGAGAAGUUCCCGAACUUUCCUCGAAACAAAUGCCCUGCAAUGAACUCUUCAACCUGGACCAUCCAGUAACGAUCCGGAAGGAGCACCUAACCACCAGUGCCAAAACGGAGGCCCUGCAAAAGUACGCCUUCACCGAGAUUUGGAUCGAUUCGCAGCAGAAAUCUUGCCAGACCAAAGUUUCUCGCUUGCGCGAGUUUUCCAUGGCCCUGGAGGCCUAUUUUGAUACGGAUACUUCUAAUAACACAAGUGAUGCUAACUUGGAAGCUGACAAGAUGGAACCCGAGCCGGCAAAAACGAGCAUGCCUCCUCCGAAAAGUGAGAAGUCCGCGGAGAAGAAGUAUGUGUCUCCCUUUCCGGACAUACCAAUACCACCACCAGCUCGACUGGAAACUCCUCUGUUGAGCGGAGUUAAGCCGCCCAUUAUAGUGCCAGCUGGCUUUGAUUUGACCCGAUUGGUGGAGUACAAGAAUCCCAAUCACUGGCACCGUCGUGCCCACAUGCGCACUGGCGAUCCCAUAUACUAGACGUUACAUCAUCUGGAUCAACACUCAACUACCUUUUUACUAUCAUAAUCACCACUCAACUUUUAUUGCAUCAUACCGAUCCUUACUUAGCUACUAUAUUCAUGGAAUCACCUGCGCUGACCGAUUAGACAUUCUUUUUGCCCACUGAUAUCUUUCUGCAAUAAAGGAUUCUGAACUACCAAAGCAA